UUCAGAACGCACAGUUUGGGUCCAGCCAGGAAAACUGUCUCUUCCUGUAAUUUUCCUUUCCUUUUUUCCAGUUGUCAUCAAUUUAAAACACACAUUAACAACAGGAGCAGCAGGAUGUUUUCCUCCCAGACUUCGUCCUUCCAGGAUUCAAUCGACGUGGAGGAGAAAGAUGAAUUUGACAGCGACGACAUUGCUGGAUAUAGUCAGAAAAUCCAACUGAACUGCUACUACACCAUCUAUCUCUAUCAGGGCACAAGAUCUGAGGCCAGUGAAGAAAAUGUGGCGUGGAACCAGAGACGUGCAGACUCCACAACAAGCCACGAUGACUUUAGCUUGACACUAAUUGACAGCAGCCUGCCAUCAGAAGCAGAACCAGAGCUGCGGACAUACAUUUCAAGGAGACUGAGUAAAGGAGCUCUUCUUGGAGGCAUGGGCAACAUUGCCACUGUGGAACUGAGUCUUCCAGAGCAGGCGGUUGGAUGCUACUGCUGUCUCCUGGAGCAAGAACGGUCUCCUGAGCAGCCGGAUGCGGAUGGGAAUGGAUACGUCAUCUGCUUUAUGGGGGGCUCUGAAAAGGGACUGAACUUAUUUAGAUUAGAGCUGGAUAAAUACGUCCAAGGCCUUCACAGCAGCCUCCAAACUCCAGAGCUGCAGAACCUUGAGACGGAGGUACGUCCCUACCUGAGCCGCUGGUACGAGGAGUCAGUCAUGCACAUUCAUCGAGUAGUGCAGCUGGUCCAGAGCAACAUCAGCUUUUUACUUCAUGCCGCUCUAAGUCACACACACGUGGAAGUCAUCAAUUCAGACGAGAGGACAAAGGCAGAUGUUUCCAGGUUCAUCAAAGCAGCCAGUUUGCAGGGCCUGUCCCAGCAGGACACCACCUCAGCCUCUCUGUGCAAAGCCAUGUCAGAGGACACGCAGUCAGACCUGAUCAUCGACUGCUCCAGCAGCCCGCCCACGCUCACCAACACUGUGAGUAACCGUUUCUGCGACAGCUGGAUCCAAGCAUUUCUAAACGCUGCAGAGCGCUGCAAUCCGUUCCUCCUCAGACAGAUUCUGGAGAACUUUAAACUCAAGGCCAUCCAGGACAUGAACAGCUUGAAGCGCUUCGUGCGUCAGGCAGAGAUGAGUCACUACGCCUUGUUCCGCUGCUGCCAGUUCCUUCAGGGCUGCGGGAACGGGGAUGUGCUGCUGCAAAACGCCCGGGCGGAGCACAGCGACCUGCCGGAGGCCUGCAACAUCAUCGCCGUUCUGGAUGAGUUCCUUAGUGAACAAACUCUGGCCUAACACUACAGCUAAAGCUCCAGGUUUAAUAAGUUAUAUAAAAAAUGCACUAUAAAUAGCAGCUAAUACGGUAAUUAAUUUAUUAACUAUGAAGAUGAUGCUGCUGUUGCUGCAGGAUCAGUUUGGAUCGGUGGAAGGAAAGUUAGGCAUUUGGAAAGAAGUAAAAAUGAAUUUAAAAAUUAAAAUAGAGCAUUAAGUGUGUGUAUAAUCAAACCCUAUAGAUAAAUAUCACUAAUAGUAAUAUUGCCACUAAAAAGAACUGACUACUCUAAGGGAGAGAGAGAGGUUCUGCAUAUUUAAAGUCUCCUUCUAAGCUGUUUAACUGACAUUUUUCUUUUGAGAAUGAUGCAUGGCUCACUUUCUAUCAUGGUUUGUCCCAUAGGUCAGCCUGUCACCUUCAAUACAUUCCCUUCUUAUUAAUUCUCAUGUCUAACAUUUAGCUUAUCUCUGUGUAAACUAUCAGCUAUAUCUCAGACUAUAAAAUAGUUAACAGCUGAUGGAUUCCCAUGAAAUCUUGUCCAAAUGUGUAAUAGAAGCAUAUCACUGUUGGUGUAUUAAUGUAAGCUUGUUGAAGUGUAAAUAAGUUGCUUCUGCUGUUGUUGAGAAUAGAGUGAAGGACAUUUCUGUAUAGUCUUCUGUUCUAAAUG